CUGGUGUGAACGAAGCCAUAGAUAUUUAGAUCAAGGCCUCGGGUUCCCUUUUUUCAAUAAUAUAACCCCCAAUCAUUCUUUGGUUAACGAUUCAAGUCAAGCAUCGUUCAUUCGUUCGCUUUUUGCCCCUACAAAUCAGUAACCACCAUCUUCCAGAGGCUUCUGCUACUACUCCGAUGUCGUCCGAUCUUGCGGCUAAGGCGAAGGAGGCUUUUAUCGACGACCAUUUCGAACUAGCCGUUGAACUCUAUUCUCAAGCCAUCCUCAUCGAUCCUAAGAACUCCGAGCUUUUCUCCGAUCGUUCUCAGGCUAAUAUCAAACUCAAAAACUUUACCGAAGCUGUUGCUGAUGCAAACAAAGCAAUUGAACUGGAUUCCUCAAAUCCUAAGGCAUAUUUACGCAAAGGGACAGCAUGUUUCAGUCUUGAAGAAUAUCAGACUGCCAAAUCAGCCUUUGAAGCUGGCUCUACAUUUGCCCCAGAUGAUACAAGAUUCACAGAUUGGAUUAAAAAGUGUGACAAGUGCAUUGCAGAGGAAAAUGGUGAGCUACCAACACAAUGCUGA